AUGGAUAUACUUACUCAAUUACAAGACUCUAUAGAUAGUAUUGCUCGCAUGUUUUUUAUAGUAGUUCAUCAUUUAAAUAUGCAAGAUCCAAACAAAGAUGUGCAACAAGAACAUGUUCAAGACAUCUGUAAAAAAGCAAAACAAAUAGAAUUAUUAAUUGAUGCUUUACCGGGUAUAAAUCAUUCGGAAGCAGAACAAAUCGAAAUACUUAAAUCUUUAGAUGAAGAACUAAAAGAGGCUAAUGAAGAAUAUAAAAAAGCGGUUCAAAAUGCUGACUGGAAUUUUCUUGUUCAUCUACAUCGUAACUCUCAUUUUCUUCCCCAGACUUGUGCAGACAAGUUUAAGAUUCCUGUAGUUAUGAUCUCAUCAGUUGAUAAUCUUUUGGAUAUGAUUAUUGUAGCAUAUUGGAUUACCACUGGUGCUAUUGCUAAAAAAGAAAAUAGGUGA